AUGGCUUCUAAAGGUUAUAGACCCUUGGAGGGAAAACUUGCUAUUAUUACUGGUGCUUCAAGAGGAAUCGGAGCAGCAAUCGCUGAAAACCUCGCAUCUAAAGGUGCCAACCUUGUUCUAAAUUACACAUCCAAUUCAUCAUCCGCUCUCACCAGCGAGCUCUCCAAGAACCUCGAACAAAAACACAACAUCAAGACUCUCAUUGUCCAAGCCGAUGUUUCUGAAAAAUCCGGCGCAGAAAUUAUCAUCAGCACCACUAAAUCUCACUUCUCAGAUGCGCAAUCCGGAAAAUUCCAAAUCGAUAUUCUGAUAAAUAAUGCUGGUGUAUCUCAAAAUACACCCAUUCCAGAUAUCACCAUCGAUGAGUUCCAAUGGCAAUAUAAAAUAAAUGUUCUCGGUCCACUUCUUCUCUUACAAGCCGCUCUAGACUAUCUCCCCCAUGAUAGAUCCGGUCGUAUCAUCAAUCUAUCCUCCGUAUCCAGUUCUGAGGGCUUCUGGGGACAAACUGUCUAUGGUGGUACUAAAGCGGCUGUAGAUGCCAUGACACGAACCUGGGCACGAGAAUUAAACAAUCGCGCAACAGUGAAUUCAGUUAACCCUGGACCUGUGAAGACGGAUAUGUGGGCUGGUACUACUGCGGAAUUCAAAAAGAAUUUAAAACCUUGGAUUGAGAGUACUCCAGGGAGUGUGAUUAGACCAGAGUUGGAUGAUCAGGAUUUGAUAGAUGAUGCGCCAAUUGCUGGAGGAAGACCGGCCUAUACAUCUGAGAUUGCAGGCAUUGUGGGCAUGUUGUGUACGAGUGAUAGUACUUGGUGUACUGGACAGGUUGUGUGUGCAAAUGGAGGAAUGGUUCUGAGAUAG